UAAACUAAUCCUCUGGUUAUGAACCAUUUGAAACAAACUCUUUCUCACAGCCUAAGAAGGGGCAUAAAUCACCAUAUCAAGAGUCUCAUUUAGGAGUUCCUUCAAAUACCCAACAUCCCUUAAUGUGCAGAAUCUAUUCGACCUUAUUCCCCAACCGUCUUCCUCUUUAACAAGCUCAUCUAAGCCUAUGCCUCUCGAAACCAGCCCUAUCAAUGUCUCUCCCCCUACUUACGUGUGUGCCUCCAAAACUGCCAGCCAAACAAACACUCCUUCUCUUUCCUCUUUGCCGCGUGUGCCUUGCUUCCCUCUCCUCUCCAUGGCCAAAUCAUCCACACCCGCUUUGUCCAGUUCGGUUUCGGGGAUGAUUGUUUUGCUUCGACUGCUUUGCUUGACAUGUAUGCAAAGCUGCGUUUUAUUGGAAUUGGCUCGCCAGUUGUUCGAUGAAAUGUCUCUGACAAACCUUCCCACUUGAAAUGCUAUGCUUUCGGGUUAUUCUAGAAGUGGGGAUAUGAAGGGGGCUUUGGAAUUCUUUGGGUCGAUGCCGGAGAGGAAUGUGGUUUCGUGGACUGCAAUGAUAUCUGGGUAUUCACAGAAUGGCCAGUAUUGGGAAUCCAUGGAUAUGUUUUUGAGAAUGGAAGAGAUAGGAAUGAAGCCUAAUGAAGUGACCAUAGCCAGUGUGUUUCCAGCUUGUGCAAACGUUGGCGCACUUGAGGUUGGAGAGCGGAUUGAAGGGUAUGCAAGAGCAAAUGGGUUAUUUCAGAAUUUGUACGUAAGCGAUUGUGUGUUACAAAUGUAUGCAAGGUGUGGUAAAAUUGAGGUAGCAAGGCAGGUAUUUGAUGAGAUUGCCAAGAGAAGAAACUUGUGCUCAUGGAAUUCAAUGAUCUUGGGCCUUGCUGUUCAUGGAAAGUGUAACGAAGCUCUUGAGCUUUACGAUAAUAUGCUGUUUGUUGCUGGUGACAACAGGAAGAAGGAACUACUCCAGAUGAUGUCACAUUUGUAUGGCAUUGCUCCAAAAUUGGAGCAUUAUGGCUCCAUGGUUGAUCUUCUAGGCCGUGCUGGAAGAUUGCAAGAAGCGUAUGAUUUCAUAAAAUCUAUGCCAAUAAAACCGGAUUCGGCAGUAUGGGGAGCUCUUCUUGGAGCUUGCAGCUUCCACAACAAUGUUGAGGCGACUGAAAAGGCAGCAGAAUUCCUCUUUCAGCUUGAGCCAUGGAAUCCGGAGAACCAUGUCAUUCUUUCCAACAUAUAUGCAUCUGCAGGCCAAUGGGACGGGUUUGCAAGGCUAAAAAUGGCGAUGAAGGGUGGUCAGGUUACCAAGGCUGCAAGAUAUAGUCUCACUGAAGAGGGAGGUGAAAUGCACAAGUUUAUUGUGGAGGAUGAAUCACAUCCCAUGUGGAUGAAAUAUAUACAGUUUUAGAUCAAGUUUUAACCAUGAUGAAGCUAAAAGAUGGAACAACUGACAUUGAAUCAAACUUGAAGAGUUGUAUAUAAUGGAUCAAAGUUGAUCGUUUCUCUCUAUAAAAUCUCAACUUUUUU